GUGAGCGCACCUUUAAAAUGUGAGGCUUGUAAUGUUGUUAACACCUGUUAACCAUUAUAAACAAUUUUAGGUGUUUUUGGCAAUUUACAUGUGACCGACACGCUUAUUCGAGUAAACGUGAAUUUAUUUUAUUUAUAUAGGCUUAUAUUUUGUUGUUACGAGGCUCAGCCUCUUGCAGUAAGGGGUGGGGUGCAGUCAGUUAGUUAUAGGAGGGAUCACAUUCACACCGUACACUCAUCGACUUCUCAUAUCCGCGUACUGUUGCUUGGAUAGACAGCAUCCAAUUUUUCACUCUACAGGUUUUCUGUACACUAGACUGACCAUUUCAACCCGAGGGUUUAAUCGAAUAGCACCAUGGCUGUAGAAGGAGGAGCAAAAUGUGUCAAAUACCUUCUCUUUUUCUUUAACUUCAUCUUCUGGCUGUGUGGCCUGGCCUUAAUAGUUCUGGGGAUAUUGGUUCAAGUUGCUAUUCACAACACGGCCAUCAUCAAAGGAUACACUGGCAUUCCUCUAGUGCUGAUAAUAGUAGGAGUCAUCAUCUUCUUCAUCGCAUUCUUUGGCUGCUGUGGCGCCUGGAAGGAGAAUCAGUGCAUGGUCACCAUGUUUGCUGUUCUUCUCUCUCUCAUCGUCAUCACUGAAAUUGGAGCCGCCAUCGCUGGAUAUGUCUUCCGUGGGAAAGUGAAUGAUCAUCUGAAGGAACGCUUUGAGGUCAUGAUCGCAGAAUACAACAAAACAGAAAACCAUGAAGCCCUCGAUUCUCUCCAGAAGGAGCUCAAGUGCUGUGGAAGAAACUCCUCUAGUGAUUGGGUGAACUUCAGCCCCGGUCACAAGUCCGUCCCAGACUCCUGCUGUAAAAAUAUCACUAAGGACUGUGGUAUUGGAGCUUUGGGAGAUGACAAAAUAAUCUACACAGAAGGAUGUCAACACGCUUUUGAGAAAUAUAUAAACCAGCAUAUUUUGUGGCUUGCUGUGGGAGCUCUGGUCAUCGCGUUUGUGCAGAUCACGGGCAUUGUGUUGGCCUGCAUCCUUAUGCGAGCCAUCCGCAGCGGCUAUGAGGUCAUGUGAUCACAUCCAGUCACAGCACAUCGCUUAAAGCUCUUAGAGACUGUUCAGGAGGUUUUUUUUUUUUUUUUUUUUUUUUAAAACCAUUAUAUAAAUGCUAAUUAUUUCCCCCCUUGCUGUGUAAGUUGGCAAUACUCAUUUUCUCUGAGAAUGAAAUAACUAUAUCUGUUUCUAUGACAAAUCCAGUAGAUUAGUCUACUGUUAAGUCUCUGAUUUAUGCUUACGUAUUCUGUCUUUAGACAUUGUUUUAAAUUUGUCCUUUACUGCUUUGUUGACAUUUCUUUGGGUUACAGAACAACAAUCAAUGAAUUACAGAUAUGACAAAUUUUAUACUUUUAAAGAACAUUCAUGUCAAAUAAAAGAAUGAAAUGUUCUAAACAAGUUUGUCCCAUUUAAGUUAAUUUAAUUAUAUUUUGAGUUACUACUUAUGUUUGUUACUACUGUAGUUGGUGAAUCAGUGCCAGCUUGAUGAGGGAUGCAAACAGAGACCAUUAAGUUUGAAGUCUUUUAAUAAAAGUUCUGAUCUUUUCACACUG